CCGGGAUUGGCUGGCCUCUCGGGUGGCCUGGGAGGUGUUCGUCCGGCGCGUGACCAUCCGCUGCCAUGGCCCGGUUGGGGGCUGCGUUCCGCCGCUUGGGCGCCUUGUCCGGAGCCGGGGCCUUAGGCUUGGCCUCCUACGGGGCGCACGGCGCCCAUUUUCCGGAUGCCUACGGGAAGGAGCUCUUUGACAAGGCCAACAAACACCACUUCAUACACAGCCUGGCCCUGAUAGGGGUGCCCCAAUGCAGAAAGCCUCUCUGGGCCGGGUUACUGCUAGCCUCUGGAACCACCUUAUUCUGCACCAGCUUUUACUACCAGGCUCUGAGUGGAGACCCCAGCAUCCAGACUUUGGCCCCUGUGGGAGGGAGCCUGCUCAUCUUGGGCUGGCUUGCCUUGGCCCUUUGAGCUUCCUUGUGUUUGCUUUCUGGGCACUUCUUUGAGAGUUGGAGCAGGGAGGGGAUUAAAAGAGAAAGGCAAAUAAAGAACUUGAGUCUUUGUUCAUCUU